CUGCCUGGACAAUCAGUGUUUCUUAUUCAUCAACAAAUAAGAUAAAUAUAUACACAGAAGAACAUUCCCCAUCAGUUCCCUGCUUAUUAUGGAGAUAUCUAGGUAAAUGGAGCUUACCAGAGAGCUACAAAUCCUCUUUUUCUGGGGCAAGCUGACUUAGCAAUGGUCCUUGUCUUAUAGUGUACUGAGUGCUCCUUGUGGAGGGGAAAUGAGGCUGUAGAGACUUACCUAACAGGGUUACAGUCAGAAAUGCUACAUUGUAGAUCAAAAUGCCAGGCACUGCUCAGAGUGCAGAGUCAGUCUGUCAGAAUGUGGCUAGCAGAGAAAGAAGUGAUGAAAUAAAAUGGGUAUACACAGCCUUGUUUAAUUUUAAAUUGGAGGAAAACAAGAUAUCUAUUAGGAUGUCCCUUAAAGAGAGAGUAUGUCCUGUCACCGUUUUUCUAAGAAAGAAACAAGAAGAUCAAUACUGUGUGGAUUAGAAGUAGGUUUGAUCAGGAGCCAAGGAUAGAUUUAUUCUUCAAUGAUUAAUGUCUGGGAUCCUGUGCCACCCAAUGACAUGGCCAGGUUGGGCUGGAGGUAAGAUGAAGAAACAAAAGCAAGAAGCUUAGCCUGGUGAGGAAGGUCUGCUCCUGUGAGCUUCUACAGAGAUGGCUACGGAGUUCCACAUGCCCCUGCAAGGACUAGUGGGGCUGCUUCUGCUGUGUGCCCUGCCCUGGACUGAAGGCGGGAAGGUGCUGGUGAUUCCUGUGGAAGGCAGCCACUGGCUGAGCAUGAGGGAUGUUGUGAGGGAGCUUCAUGCUCAUGGUCACCAGACUGUGGUCCUGGCUCCAGAGGUCUCUGUGCACAUCAAAAAAGAGGACUUCUUCACUCUCAAACCCUACGCUGUUCCAUACACUAAACAAGGAUAUGAGCGAAAAAUUACACAAAACAUUAACUUGGCCUUUGAAACAGGAAACUAUGUGAAGACAUUCCUUAAACUAACUGAGGCUAUAAAAAACAUAUCAACAGAUGUCUUCAAGUCUUGUCUGGAUCUACUGCACAAUGAGACACUGAUACAGCAUCUGAACUCCAGCUCCUUUGAUGUGGUCUUAACAGACCCAGUUUUGCCCUGUGGAGCAGUGUUGGCCAAGUACUUACGUAUUCCUACAGUGUUUUUUCUGCUCUACUUACCUUGUGACAAAGACUCUGAGGCCACACAGUGUCCAAGCCCUUCCUCAUAUAUUCCAAGUCUACUCACAAGGCUUUCUGAUCAUAUGGACUUCCUGCAAAGGGUCAAGAACAUGCUGUACCCUCUCGCCUUGAAGUACGUAUGCCACGUAUCUUUCACUCAAUUUGAGAGUCUUGCCUCUGAGCUUUUGCAGAGAGAGGUGUCCUUGGUGGAGGUUCUCAACCAUGCAUCGGUGUGGCUGUUCCGAAGGGACUUUGUGUUUGACUACCCCAGGCCCAUCAUGCCUAACAUGGUCUUCAUUGGGGGCAUAAACUGUGCCAAUAGGAAGCCACUCUCUUGGGUCUGUAUUGAAGCCAUUAAUCAAUCACUAUUCUAUGCAGAAUGUAUUUUCUAAUGCUAACUUUCUUACUAGUCUUUUAAAUGAUUCUCCUCAUUUUUCAUGACAUAAAUUAUUAGGAUUGGGUCUUUCUGUUUUUACUUUGUAUGUGGGUUUUUGCCUCUGUGUAUGUUUGUAUAU